ACAAGAUUAAAAAACCUUUCUGCGUAUAAAAACUCUCAAAACGGUACUACAAUCGUCAAAAUCAAAAAUGAAGCAAACAGCGUUGUUAAUUCUUUUUGUAACUUUUUGUCACGCCAUCCCCCUUGUCGAUUACCGCGCCUCCCUCAUGCGCCAACCCACCAAAAACUGUACUUCAGCCGGCCUCCUUUGCGAAACUUGCACCGAUUUAGUGGCCUGUAUCGAAAACAAUGACCAUACCUUCACCAAAGACUUCGUCCAGACCUGUCCUGCAGGCCAAAAAUGUCUCAAAGGGGAAUGCACGAAUGACUAUGACCCUUUUUGUGACGGCGUCGCUGAUUUGGCCUUUCCUUGUAAAAAAGUGGGUAUUUUCCCCGACCCCUUCUACUGUAAUAAGUACGUUAUGUGUGUCGAUUUGGGGCAAAAUAGGCUUCAGGCAUAUUUAAGUCGGUGUGAGGAAGGUUUGGGUUAUAAUAUUGCAACAGGGGUUUGUGAUGUGAAAUUAUCGGGCAAUGGGUGUAAAACGGAUGAACUGCCUGUACCAUUGUGUGGAAAAGCGGGAGAUAGUGGAGCUUUGAAGGGGAAACCUAUGGAAUAUUACACUUGCGAGGAGUAUAACAAUGUGAAGAGGGUGUUGUAUCCUGUGAUUGAUGUGUGUCCAAAUGCUGAAACGUAUGAAGAUUACAAGUGUGUUAGUAAUUAAAUACUUAAAACAUUAAUGAUAAUUUAAUAAAUAUUUAAUGCAUUGAA